AUGGCUGGAGGACGCUUCAUAGGACUUGAAGGAACAGUCAAUGUACCUGAGGGGAGGGUGAUGCAAAACAAGAGCUCCGUAGAAGACUCUGUCAGGCUGAGGACAGAUACAGGUCCACAAAAGAAACUCCAUACUACAUGUUGGAGGAUGGAGAAGAAAUUCACCAUCACUAACGAGAAAUGGAGAAUAAGGACUCAGGGAGGAGGAAAUGAGCGUUUGACUGCCGAGCUGGACGGACGCAAAAGAAAUCCGGAGGAAAUAAAAAACCUAAGGAGAGCCGAGCAGGAGCUGAAGCACACACUGGAGGAAAUUCAGGAUGACCUGUGUGCUAAAGAUGAGAAAAUAACAGAGAACGCACGGCUCUUGGCCCGGAAAAACUGUGACCUACAGGAGCACUACAUUACGAUCCAGGACCUCCAACAGAAGAGGAAACAGCUUGAAGCGCGGCUGAAGUGCAGGCAACAGGAGCAGCGUAACCUGCACAAAGAAACAGCUGCCGAGACUAUUGAAGAGGAGCCAACGAAGGCUGAAAGCAUGUUGAAGCGGUGUGCUACAGGUCUGUGGAAAGGCAUCGCUACAGCAGGGAAAGUUCCCGCCUGUGUCGCCCUUACCGUGGGUGUCACAGUCUCCGUUGUGCCUGUCUUUGACCUUGUGGACGCCGCUGUAGACCUGCUGAUGUAGUCUUGUAUCCUUUCUAUAACAAGGGUUGGGGGGUUACAUACAGGGAUAUUAAAUCUGACAAAAGCUAAAUAAAACGGCCAUUGAACACAUUGCACCUGUCCGCCCAGGAAGGGGGCUCCCUCAUUUGUGGUCCUUCCCAAGGUUUCUUUCUUUUUUUCCCCUUAAAGGGUUUUUUUCUGAAAGUUUUUCCUUGCCCUCUUGAGGGGGGUGCUAUUUUACCAUUACAUGUGUCAAUGAGCAAUGAUCAAUUUAUAACUUGAAUCAACAGUAUGCAAUGAUAAGAAAUAACUAUGUAAA